AUGACGAAGACAGAGUCAAUAGAAGCGCUUUUGGCACCUUCUUUAAGGGUGUCCAGACCAGUUGCCGCCUGUGCCCGGUGUCGUUCGGCUAAGAUCAAGUGCGAUGGUAAAUUGCCCGCAUGUUCCGCUUGCGAACGCUCCGGCAAGGGCGAUAGCUGUUCAAGCGCCAACGAUGAAUUCGCUAGAGGCAAAGAACGAAGUUAUGUUGCCGCGCUCGAGGCGGCAGCUCAGAGACUGCAGAAGAAAAUUGAUGAGGCUCAGGCUGAUGCUGUCGCGCGACAACCACGACACGGUUCUCUUCCUUCGCAACGACCAGUUCAACCAAGGAAGAUCAGCGGUGUUCGUCGAAAGGAAGCGUCUGAUGUUGAUGAACUGGUCAGUGACUUUGGUUUCUUGACGGUCAACGCCACUUCCCGUGACUUUCAUGGAUUUACCUCGACUAUGUCAUUUGCCAAACUCCUCCUUUCGACCGCGUGCAAACAAGAUUUGCCGCCGAUUGAGUCGCGAGGACUUCCGCCGAGAUACGCCAUCACGCCGAUGAUCAAUCACUACCUCGAAAAUAUCUAUGUUUUAUUCCCCUUCUUUUCCGAGACAGACCUUAUGAGCAGUCUGUCCCGCAUAUAUCACGAGCCAUCGAUCUUGGCUUCGGCAGAACCGUUGGACGUCUGGAACGUUCGUCUGAUACUGGCCAUCGCAUAUGCUUCAAGAUCGCAGCGCAAGGAGGACGAAAAUGACAAAACCGCCCUUCAACAUGUCGCCGCUGCUCGGGGACUGGCAAGUUAUGUUCUCCACCCAGGUUCUAUUGCAGGCUUGCAGGCAUUACUACUCUUGGUUCAGUAUUCACUGGUUGAUCCUGCUCAUUUCGACAGCUGGUAUCUGAUUGGGAUGGCGUCUCGCCUUGUUGUCGACUUAGGUCUGCAUUGCGAGCCUCCACCAGAGACCAAAAUUGCCAAAGGUGACCUAGAUCUUCGUAGGCGCAUCUUCCAUUGUGUCUAUGCCUUCGAUCGGUUGAUCAGUAUGGCUCUUGAUCGGGCCUUCUCCUUCUCAGACGACUCAUCUUCAGAAGUCCACUUCCCAGAGUCAGCAUCUGAAUCACCCUCUUCUCAACUUUUUCUCCGCUCGACAAGGCCUUCUCUAUACUUGUUCGAUAUUCGUCGAGUUCAAUCAUCCUUCUUCCAGACAACGAGGUGGUCGUCACGUACACAAUGGCCACUUGCGACGGCUGCAACUUACGCCAGCUCAGUCUCGAACGACAUUCACGCAUGGUAUGCCACCAUCCCCGCUAGCCUGUCUCAGCGACACCUGAUGUUGUUCAACCUUGAAAGAUUGUACUGCCAGAUCUUGGUCGUGUCUCCAAACCAACGGGUUCCAGCUCGGAGUAUGACAGAUCUCAAUCGAGAACUUGUUUUUGAAUAUUCGGCACAAUUUGCCGAUCAAUUGCAACCCAUCACUCAAGAUGUGAAUUGGCAUGCAUAUCUGACCUAUGCGGAUAUUUGUCGUGCGCGGUAUGUUGGUCAGAAAUUCCUCGAGGUGCUUUGGUCGGAUUUCGAUCGAUUGUUAAAAACCACUCAUGCCAUUUCAGAGCAAUCCAUUUCCGGCGCACAGCUGGACAACGCCCAGCGGGCGACCAACUGUCUUCGCAAGAUCAUUGAGAUUCUCGAUUUUGCGAGGAUUAGGUGGGGUAUGCCGGAAUUGCGUGAGGCUUUUGAGAAGGAGUCUGCAGUACUUUUUUCCCGACUCAAAAGCCGCCAGACAGACCUCUCACCUGUCCAGUAUACAUCUGCUGUCGUCAAUCAAGUCGCUGUGACAGGGAUUCUACCUCAAAAUGUCAAAGUCGAGUAUUAUCCGACCACUAACCAGUAUUCUUAUGAUAUGACAUCCUUGGCUCAUCUUCCGAGUCCUCCAUUGAACAAUGAUCCGAGCCUCCAACAUGACAAUCAACCGCAGCAAAUGCUCACACCUCCAGAGGAAUUUUCAACGACUAAUUACAGUUUCCCACAAGGGUCUUUGCCACGACGCAGCUAUGAAUUUUUGGGCAACCGUAGUGGGCCCUGA